AUGUCCUCCUCCGACGAGGAGGCUGUCCGCCGCCCCGGACGCAAUGCCGCCAACCAAAGCCCCGAUCCGAGUGAUGCUGGCAAUGACUCUGGUGCUGAGGACCAUGGCGCUGGCGGUGAUGAUCUGAUGGAUGAUGACGCUGAUCUCUUCGGAUCCGACGGUUCAGAGGGUGGAUUUGACGAUGUCGAUCGACCUCACCGUACCUUGGACGACGAGCAACUUGACUCGGGAGAUGAUGAGGCUCGCUAUGACCGACGCGAGGACCGCAUGGACGAGGCGCCAGAUGGCGAAACGGAGAGUCUCACCAUCGCCGAAAUGACCAUUGCGCGUGCACCAGUACCAGCCACGAAUGAUCCCGAGGUCUACACAAUGCGCGUACCAGAUUUCCUCUCCAUCGAGUCGGAAGAGUUCAACCCCGAGACAUACAUUGCGCCUGCGUAUUCCACGGCGGCGACAUCUCUCUGCUGGCGCAGAGACCCUGCCGACGAGGACAAGCUGCAGUCGAACGCCCGGCUAGUCCAAUGGGAAGACGGUUCUAUCACACUCCAGCUCGCCUCCGCACCCCUCGAGCAAUACCGCAUUACAUCCAAACCUCUUGCGCCUCUCUCCAAGUCUGGCGAGUACACUACAAAGCUGGACUCACACGUCUACCUCGGCGCUGGUCUAGAGCAAGCCGAGCUGUUCCGGCUGACCUCGCACGUCACACAUGGUCUCACCGUUCUGCCGACGGCCUUGGAAUCAGACGAUGCAGUUCAACGACUUCAGGAGUCCCUGGCCGCUGCUGCCCGCGGCAACAAGCAGACUGCAGACGGCGGUGUGCCAAUGAUCGAUGUGAGGGAAGAUCCGGAAUUGGCCGCCCGCAAGGCCGAGCUCAUGGAGAGAGAAGCUUUGCGCGCCGAACGCCGCCGCCAGCAGCUGGCAGACCGCGAAGCGGAUCGCACCCGCCGCGUUGCCGCUCCCCGUACAAUGGCCAAUGGUCUCAGUGUUGGCGGCUUGGAAGAUGAUGGUCUGCGCACUACCCGUCCUCGCGCUAAGCCACGCCGUCCCAACCGCCGCGGAGAAAUUAUGACAGACGAAGAGGAAGACUAUGGUCGUGGUGGCCGCACCCGCGAGGACGAGUAUGACGAGGACGACGGAUUUUUGGUCAGAAGUGACGAGGAACUUGAGGAAGUUGAUGACGAUGACGACGAGGAGGAGCUCGAGGAUGAAGAUAUGGAUGCCGAAGGCGAGGUCGACGAUGAAAUCGCGCCAUCCAAGGCGGCGCGGAAAGAGGAGACUCCCCGAGGAGAUGGAACACCGCCAGCCCGGAAGAAGAACCGCUAUGUGGUUGAUGAUGAUGACGAGGAUGAGUGA